AUGGCCAAAAUCCGUACUGUGUCAUCGCGAAUUCGCAUCUUCCGAAAGGCGCCGGCUUGGACAGACAUAACCGGCGAAAGUAGGAACAAGAGUCAAAGCAAUGCAGCCCUUGUUUGUCACCGCUCGCAGAUGCUCGGCGGCUCCCCGGCAUCUUCCACCACUCAUCUCUCGAUCUCGAAUCCCGAAAAAGAAGGGUUCUGGUCUGUGCGACCCUUCUCCGGGGAAGACUCGGAAUUUGCCUCGCAUGGCACAAGCCUGACAUGA